UACAAAAGGAUGGGAAAGCGAUGAAGCCUUAUGGGCAUCUCCAUUUCUCUAACCCGGGCGAUAUAGCUUCCAUUGGUGGGGUGUGUGUUCUUGAGAGAGAUUCUAAAGCUCAUAGAGUGCGACCUUUUCUUCUCUCCCCUCUUGGAAGUAGCGUCAAUAAAGAUCCCCUUUACAAGCACCAUGAUGGCAUCUUCUUCCUCCAACCUCAUUGAUAAUCUCUUGCAAGAUGACCUCCCAUGGCCUUCUUCCCUGAAUUUUGCUCCAGCUCUUCUCAGCGCCGUUGGAGCCAACCAUCAACGGAGCCAGCAACUCCUAAUGCUAAACUGUGCUGAUCAUCAUCACUUGAGCGCUCCGGAUGAAAUCGAGCUUGAAGUGCUCCUCUCAGCUCAAGGCCACCAUCACAGCCAUCAGGCUGCUUCUCCAAUGAUUCCUCCCCAGGUCAGCUCUCUGCUAAUGAUGCAAGACCUAGGGUUCCAAUGGAGCAACUGCAGCUUUGCAGACACCACCUCCAUGCUCAUGACUAGCGGCCAGCAAGACGGCCACAACAAGAUGAAGGAGGAGCAGCGACGUGAAUCGCUCGACUCAAGAUCAUCGUGUGCGGCUGGCACAGCCAUUGCUUACAAUGACACAGUCGACGGCGGCGGCGGCCUCCCCGCCAUGGCCGCCGAUCUGGACGGCAUUGUGCUUCCAAGCGUCAACACCUCGCGGUCGCAGCAGAAGCCGUGCCCGGAGGCGGCGGCGCCUCUCCUCCCCGGCGACGCGUUUGAGAUACUGGCCUCGUCAAGGCUGUGCAAGACCCUGCUACUUAGCCAAGCCUCUUCAGUACUGAUCCGUAAUGGCAUGCCUUUGUUGAGAUCAGAGCAUGUGCCCUAUGGCCCUCCUGCUGCUCAUCAUCAAGGACCAUCCAUUGACAACUACAAGCAGAUGGGUGUACCCUUGGUGAAUGGGGUGGGAGGAGGCUGUCAUUGGAGUGCGGAGCACAACGCAGCAUGUCAAAAGGCAGCACCGGUGUUGUCGCCGGCACCGCCAGCGCCGAAAAAGCCUCGACUCGAGUCACGCUCCUCCACCAUCGUCCCUUCUUUCAAGGUAAGGAAAGAGAAAUUAGGGGAUCGAAUUGCUGCUCUUCAGCAACUGGUCUCACCCUUUGGCAAGACUGAUACCGCAUCAGUACUGAUGGAGGCCAUUGGCUAUAUCAAAUUUCUUGAAGACCAAGUCGAGACAUUAAGCGGCCCGUACCUGAGAUCAUCCAGAAAUAAGGAACCCAGGAUAACACAGAGGGGGUCGAACAAAAAUGUAAAUUCUGGGGAGAAGGAAGCAAGGCCGGACCUCCGCAGCAGAGGACUCUGCCUGGUGCCACUUUCAUGCACGUCAUUCGUCACCAAUGAGAAUGGAGUUUGGGCUCCACCCAAUUUUAGGGGAAAUUAAUUCAUGUCAGCUAGACACAGAACAGAGAACACAAUAGUGUACUCAAAACUAAUCAAUCGUUAAUUGGAGAUCUC